AUGAAGGGCACAUCCAAAAUGAUAAUGGGUGCAACCUUGGUUAUGGUUGUUAUCCUCGCCGUUGUGCUUGCCCUUAUACUUGUCCUCCUUGCUGAGCUCUAUUGUUCUCUCUUACUCCGCCGGCGCCACCACAGAAAAACCGACUCCAACGCCAUCCCCAUCGCCGCCACCCAAACAACCACCACCACAGACAAUGCUGCUUCAGCUUCACACCCACAACACCACCUUCCUCCACCACCUCCACCUCCGCCUCCAGCUCCUCAUUUCAGGAGCAUUUAUGCUCAGGGAGUUCUCCAAGCCCCAAGUAGCUUCCUUUUACCAGCAGUUGUUGUUGGUUGCGAUGAUCAAGACAUAGUUGGACCAAAGAAGCUUCAUUCUGUGCUUCAAAUCCAAACCCAAGAACCCAAUGCGAGCCCUCCUCAAGUUGGAGCUCUCUCUUCAUCUUCUUCAUUCAUAUCGAAACCACCACAAAAGGCAAACCAAGAAGACCCACUUGAAGAUGGGGAACACCACCUUGUGUACAUUUCAAAUCCCAUUUAUGAGACAAGCGGGGCAGACACCCCAUUUGAGACACCAGAGAGCUCACCAUCGCAUUUAGAGAGAAAUGGAACCGGUUCUUCUGAGGAAGACGAUGAAGCAGCUCCUCCAUAUACACCACCUUUGACCCCAAUGAAGAAGCUCCCUCCUGCUGAAGCUGGGUCUGCUUCUGUAUCUCUAUCUCUGAGAGAUGCAAGGUCAUUGGACACUUCAGGCAGCGAUUCUCGCAGCAUUAACAAUGAUCCCUCUUCGUCAUCCUCCGCUUCCCCUUGCACUUCCCCAUCUUGGUAA